AUGCGUCAAAAAAGAGCUAAAGCCUACCGUAAACAAAUGCUUGUUUACAACCAUACAUUUAAAUUCAGGGAACCAUAUCAAAUCAUUGUUGAUGAACAAUUAGUAUUAACUGCAGAGAAACAAUCAUUUGAUUUAGCAAAAGGUUUAACUAGAACUGUUCAAGCUGAAGUUAAACCAAAAAAUAAUCAACCAGCUAUUGAAUUAGCAAGAACAUUCGAACGUCGUCGUUGUAAUCAUGAUCCUAAAGAUCCAUUACCACCACAUGAAUGUAUCAAAUCAAUUGUGAUAAUAAAUAAUCAAAAUAAACAUAGAUAUAUAGUUGCAUCAGAAAAUGAACAAUUACGUUGGAGUUUAAGAAAAAUCCCAGGUAUUCCAUUAAUUUAUAUGAAUAGAUCAGUUAUGGUUAUGGAACCUUUAAGUAAAGCAAGUGCUCAAGUUAGUAAUAAUAUGGAAUCAGCUAAAUUAACAAAAGGAUUAAAUUCUGUUGGUGGUGAUGAAAAUAAAAAUGAAUUAAAUGAUUCAAAUAAAUUAUUGAAAAAGAAAAGAGGUCCACAAGAACCAAAUCCAUUAAGUAUUAAAAAGAAGAAACCAGAAAAUAAUAAUAACAAUAAUAAGAAUAAUAAUGAUAAUGAAGGACAAAAAAAGAAGAGAAGAAGAAAACAUAAGAAACAUGGAGAAGGUGAAGUAGAAGGUGAAACAGAAUCUAAAGAAUCAGAACCAAAAACCAAUGAUUCAGUAUCGGAAAAAGCUGAAGAAAAGAAUGAUGAAACAUCAGAUUAA